AUGGUGAUCAUGAUGAAGGACACACAUAAAAGCAAGGAGAUUAGACUUCUUAAGAACCAUGAAGGGAUCAAGCAUUGUCCCCUGUCAAAAUACACCUCUACUUCAAAUAAACCAUCUUGUCUUUUAGAUCAGAAACUCUGCAAACUGAGGAAAAGCAACUGCAGAGGCAGCGUGUGUGGGCAAGACCCUAAGUCCCACCUGUGUACGUGUGCGGAAGGAUAUGCUUUAAGCCAGGACGGAAAGUACUGUGAAGAUAUCAACGAAUGUGCCUUUUGGAAUCAUGGCUGUACUCUUGGGUGUGAAAACAUCCCUGGAUCCUAUUAUUGCACAUGCCCCGUAGGAUUUGUUCUGCUUCCUGGUGGGAAACGGUGUCACCAAUUAAUUUCCUGCCCAAUCAAUGCAUCUGAGUGCAGCCAUGACUGUGUUCUGACUUCAGAUGGUCCCAUAUGUUUCUGUCCUGAAGGCUCAGUGCUUGAGGCAGAUGGAAAAACGUGUAGUGGCUGUUCAUCACCUGAUAAUGGUGGAUGUAGCCAGCUCUGCCUUCCUCUCAGCCCAGUGUCCUGGCAGUGUGAUUGUCUUCCUGGGUAUGACUUACAACUGGAUAAAAAAAGCUGUGUAGCUUCAGGACCACAACCGUUUUUGCUGUUUGCCAAUUCUCAAGAUAUUCGACACAUGCAUUUUGAUGGAACAGAUUAUGAAAGCCUGCUCAGCCAGCAAAUGGGAACAGUUUUUGCCCUAGAUCAUGACCCUGUGGAAAAUAAGGUAUACUUUGCCCAUACAACCCUGAAGUGGAUAGAGAGAGCCAAUAUGGAUGGUUCUCAGCGAGAAAGGCUUAUCGAGGACGCAGUUGAUGUGCCAGAAGGUCUUGCGAUAGAUUGGAUUAACCGUAAACUCUAUUGGACAGACAGAGGGAAAUCUGUCAUUGAAGGCAGUGAUUUAAGUGGAAAACAUCGUGAAAUAAUCAUUAAGGAGGACAUCUCUCAGCCACGAGGAAUUGCUGUUCAUCCAAUGGCCAAGAGAUUAUUCUGGACUGAUAUGGGGAUUAAUCCACGAAUUGAAAGUUCUUCCCUUCAAGGCAUUGGCCGACUGGUUAUCGCUAGCUCUGAGCUGGUCUGGCCCAGCGGAAUAACGAUUGAUUUCUUAACUGAUAAAUUGUAUUGGUGCGAUGCCAAGCAGUCUGUGAUUGAAAUGGCCAAUCUGGACGGUUCGAAACGCCAAAGACUUGCCCAGAACGAUGUAGGUCGACCAUUUGCUGUGGCCGUGUUUGGGGAUGACGUGUGGUUCUCUGACUGGACUGUGCCAUCGGUAAUAAGGGUGAACAAGAGGACUGGCCAAAAUAGGGUAUGUCUCCGAGGCAGCAUGCUGAAGCCCUCAUCACUGGUUGUAGUUCAUCCAUUGGCAAAACCAGGAGCAGAUCCCUGCUUAUAUCAAAAUGGAGGCUGUGAACAUAUUUGCAAACAGAAGUUUGGAACUGCUCAGUGUUCGUGUCGUGAAGGUUUUGUGAAAGCCCCAGAUGGGAAAAUGUGUCUGGCUCUAAAUGGCCAUCAGAUAUCGACAGGUAGUGAAACAGACCUAAGUCAAGGAACGCCAUCGGACAUCCUAUCCAGCAGUCCAGCAUUAGAAGAUAACAGCACAGAAUCCCGACAUAUGCUAGUGGCCGAAAUCAUGGUGUCAGAUGACGACGACUGUGGUCCUGUGAGAUGUGGUAUCCACUCUCGAUGUGUUUCAGAGGGAGAAGUUGCCAUGUGUCAGUGUUUGAGAGGAUUUGCUGGGGAUGGAAAAGUAUGUUCUGAUAUAGAUGAAUGUGAGAUGGGUAUCACAGUUUGCCUACAUCCCUCCUCCAAGUGCAUCAAUACUGAAGGCAGCUAUGUCUGCCAGUGCUCUGAAGGCUACCGAGGAGACGGGACUCACUGUCUUGAUAUUGAUGAAUGCCAACUGGACACGCACACCUGUGGGGAAAAUGCCACCUGUACAAAUACAGAGGGAAACUACACCUGCAUGUGUGCCGGCAGCCUGUCUGAACCCGGACAAAUGUGCCCUGACUCAACUGCACUCGCUCCUCUCAGGGAAGAGGGCCAGUAUUCUGUGAGAAACAGCUACCCAGAAUGCCCCCCGUCCCACGCCGGCUACUGUCUUCACGACGGAGUGUGUAUGUACAUUGAAGCCGUGGACAACUAUGCAUGCAACUGUGUCGUUGGCUACGUUGGAGAGCGAUGUCAGCACCGAGACUUGAAAUGGUGGGAAUUGCGCCAUGCUGGCCACGGGCGGCAGUGGGACAUCACAGUGGUGGCUGUCUGCAUGGUGGUGCUCGUCCUGCUGCUGCUUCUGGGGCUGUGGGGCACUCACUACUACAGGACUAAGAAGCUACUAUCAAAAAAUCCAAAGAACCCUUAUGAAGAGUCUAACAGAGAAGUGAGCAUUACCAGGCCUGCAGACAGAGAGGCUGGGAUGUCCUCCUGCCCCCAACCUUGGUUUGUGGUUAUAAAAGAACAUCAGAACCUCAGUAAUGGGAACCAACCUGUUACCCUCCAGGAUGGCCAGGCAGCAGGAGGGGGCCAGUUUCUCUCCCGAGAGCCCGGGUCAGUGCAACCGACAUCAUGGAGGAAGGAGCCCCAGGUGUGUCUGGGCACAGAGCAAGGCUGCUGCAAUUCACCACCCAGCGAUAAUGGCUCUGGUCCCCAGGGAGUGGAGAGCAGCUUUUCUCUCCCCUCCUAUGUGGCGAGGCCCAUUGUUGUGGGGGCUGAGAGGCCCCGUUCUCUCCUGUCAGCUAACCCAUUAUGGCAACAAAGGGCCCGGGAUUCACCAUACCAAAUGGAACAGAAUCAGUGAAAAUUAGAAUUAAAAAGGAAGUUAAAGAAGAGCAAACCGUAUAUAUAGACUGUAAUACUUUGUUUCCAAAAGUAGAGGGAAAAUACAAAUUUUGGCUUCACAAUUUCUACAACUAAUCACCUGAUCAGCAUCCUGAAAACAAAUAUGUAUUGUGCUUUUGUUUUUCCUUCAAGAAGUCCCACUGCAGAUUUUCAAGUCAGAGUAAUGGGGAGAACCACUCGGUAACUCCUUAGAAGUUAAGUGGGGACAGUUGUGCUGUAUCAACUGUGUUGUCUUGAAUAAGCAAUAGAUCCUCCCUUGCUACCCCACCCCCACACAGCCCCAAAAGAAAACUGAGAUAAAGGCAGGCAGUCAUACUGAUUUGAUCAGUUAUAAAAUAAUUUCUUUUAUCUGGACAGAGCAUUUAGCUCAAUCUCAUGAAAUGGUUAGAAUAUUAAAAUUACUAUAUGAUACAUUGUAGGCAUUUAACUUAUCAUUGGUGUGAUCCGUGCCGGUAAUUUUGCAGUAUGAAUUAUAAUAAAUUAAUGAAAAUUGUAUUAACUUAGAACCUGAUUUCUUCAGAAUUAGAUGGUUUAUUUUUUCUGUUUUACAAUCUUUAAAUGAAAACAUUUUUAAAACAUUACCCAAGAGACUUCAGGGUUUCUUAGUCCUUCUAUCCUUCCCCCCACAGAAGAUUUUUUUCUAAUGAAAAUGGUAAAUUCCCCUUUUAUGUGUUUGCACAGAAUUUUUACUUAUAUUCAAAUAUGAGAUUAUAAGCAAACUGCAGAUUUAUUUUCAUUAUGAACAGCAAUCAAUUUCUUUUCAUUGAAAUAAAAUCACCUUAAAACAUGA